UGGCUGGAUCCAGAGCUGACGUACGGCAAUGCCAAGCCGUUCGUCUUCACGCAGGGCCACUCGGUGUGUAACCGCUCCUUCUUCCCCUGCUUCGACACACCAGCAGUGAAAUGCACCUACUCAGCUACUGUUAAGGCUCCAGCAGGCAUCCAGGUGUUGAUGAGUGCUACUCAAAGUACCUACUUAGAAGAGGAAGGUGUAUACCAGUUUUACAUGGAAUAUCCAGUUCCUGCCUACCUAGUGGCCCUGGUGGCAGGAGAUCUUAUACAUGCAGACAUAGGCCCAAGGAGCAGAGUGUGGGCAGAGCCCUGCCUGCUGCCGACAGCCAUCAGCAAGCUUUCCGGCAUGGUAGAGCGUUGGUUGAGCGCUGCAGAGAGUCUUUAUGGGCCUUAUAUAUGGGGAAGAUAUGACAUUGUUUUUCUUCCUCCAUCCUUCCCUAUUGUUGCCAUGGAAAACCCAUGCCUGACCUUCAUAAUCUCUUCCAUUCUGGAGAGCGAUGAAUUUCUAAUAAUUGAUGUCAUUCAUGAAGUUGCGCACAGCUGGUUUGGAAAUGCGGUCACCAAUGCUACUUGGGAAGAGAUGUGGCUGAGUGAGGGGCUAGCCACGUAUGCCCAGCGCCGGAUCACCACCGAGACCUAUGGAGCUGCCUUCACGUGCUUGGAGACUGCAUUCCGCCUUGAUGCUCUCCACAGACAGAUGAAGCUCCUUGGAGAAGACAACCCUGUCAGCAAGCUUCAGGUUAAACUGGAGCCAGGUGUAAAUCCUAGUAAUCUAAUGAACCUCUUCACCUAUGAGAAAGGCUACUGCUUUGUUUACUACCUGUCUCAGCUCUGUGGAGACCCAAGGCACUUUGACUCCUUCCUAAGAGCCUACAUUGAGAAAUACAAAUUUACCAGUGUUGUGGCUCAAGAUCUUCUGGAUUCCUUCCUGAAUUAUUUUCCAGAGCUGAAAGAGCAAUGUGUUGAGAGCAAAGCAGGCCUGGAGUUUGAACGUUGGCUCAAUGCUACAGGACCUCCUUUAGCUGAGCCAGAUUUAUCUCAGGGAUCCAGUCUGACCAGACCAGUGGAGAAUCUCUUCAAACUCUGGACCACCGAGCCGCUGGAUUCUGCUGCUGCUGCCAGCAGUGCUGACCUCACUAAGUGGAGGACAUUUCAAACUGUGCUCUUCUUGGACAGAUUGCUGGAUGGGUCACCACUGCCACACGCGGUGAUAAAAAAGCUUUCGGAAUGCUACUCCUCUCAGCUGGACUCCAUGAAUGCAGAGAUCCGUAUCCGCUGGCUGCAGAUUGUAGUCCGAAAUGACUAUUAUCCAGACCUUUACAAAGUCCGUCGCUUCUUGGAAAACCAGGAAAUCUGUUCUACUCCUCGGUUAUUUUCAGACAAGCCACAGGAUGUGCAAGUGAAACAAGGGAUUUUGGGAGACUGUUGGUUCCUGUGUGCCUGUAUAGCGUUGCAAAAGAGUAAAUACCUACUAAAUAAGGUAAUCCCUCCGGGUCAGCCCAGCUGGACAGAUGAAUCCUAUCAAGGCUGUUUCACUUGUCGGAUCUGGCGGUUUGGCCACUGGGUGGAAGUAACCAUUGACGAUCGCUUGCCUUGCCUGGGUGGUAAACUCUGCUUUUCCCAGUGUCAGACGGAAGAUUUGUUUUGGCUUCCACUAUUGGAAAAAGCUUAUGCAAAGCUGCAUGGAUCUUAUGAACACUUAUGGGCAGGACAGGUGGCAGAUGCUUUAGUUGAUUUGACUGGAGGUAUUGCUGAAAGAUGGACCCUGAAAGACCCUGGAAGAAACAUGGAGAAGGAGAGGACUGGUAUGGUUUUGGAGAAGACAGUGUUUAGGAGAUUAAUGAACCUGAAGGAACAGUGUGUAAUAAGCUGCUCGGUCCUCAAUUCCAGAGAAGGGGCAAGGGAACUAGGAGAAUUUCAUGCCUUUAUUGUGAUAGACAUCUUGAAUCUUUCUAAAGUGUCAGGCAAGGAGAUCUUCCUACUACGGAUACGAAAUCCUUGGGGGAGGCGGUGCUGGAAGGGUCCCUGGUGUGAGGGUGGUCAAGGAUGGAGCCAACUGGAUCCAGUAGUCACCUCAGAAUUGCUCUCUCAGAUCCAAGAGGGAGAGUUCUGGGUUGAUGAGGAAGAAUUUUUUAGAGAAUUUGAUGAGAUUACCAUGGGCUUUCCAAUCAAUGAGGAAGGACAACUUCAGAGUCUCUAUACAGAGAAAGUGCUGUUCCACUCUCAGAAUCUUUUUGGAUCCUGGGUGAGAGGUCAGUCUGCAGGGGGUUGCCGGAACAACAGCAGCUUCCCUACCAAUCCUAAAUUCUGGCUGAGAGUCUGUGAGAAGAGUGAGGUGUGCAUUGCUCUGCUGCAAAAACACAGGAAAUACAGUCCUGACUGGGCUGGAAGAAUUCAAAAUCUGACUAACUUAGCAGAGAAGAAUCUCUCUUUGGCUGAAGGCAUGCAAAGAAAGAAUUAUCAGGCAGUGGGUCUGCAUGUCUGGAAGGUGGAGAAGAAGCGAUUUAACCUCCCAAAGACCCUCUCUGCUCCUCCAGUUGUAGGUACCAUCUGCCAUUCCUAUGACAGAGAAGUGCACGUGUGCUGCGACCUUUCCCCUGGGUAUUACCUUGUUGUUCCCAGCACUUUUCUAAAGGAUGAAGUAGGGCAUUUCUUGCUUCGUGUAUUUUCAACAGGAAGGAUCUCACUCAGUGAGAUAAAACCACCACCCACUGAUGCUACCUUCUGUGAAGAAUUCCCAGCAGGAUCAGGAAAAAGCAGUGUGAAAGUUACCCUCCGUCAGCACUGUCAAGAUAGCAAGUGUCGGCCAAUAGGUUUUCAUAUUUUUCAGGUACCUAACAGAAACUGGAAACCCCAUACUUCCUCUUUUAUACACUUAGAACCACUGGUUAGCUGUGUACCUCACUGCUAUUCACAGGAAGUAAGCCAACUUUGCAGACUUCCUGCAGGAAAUUACGUUGUUAUACCUUCUACCUACCUGCCAAAUACAGAAGGCAGUUUUACAGUAAUCAUAGCAAUCAAGAUAGACAGGAAACGCAUUCAGAGCCGGGAGACGCUCGGACAAGUAUUGCAAGAAUUAUAUACGGUGUUCUUCCAUCUGAUUGACUCUGAUAUUGAUUGGAACUCCUAG